AGAAUGGGAGAUGAAGGGAAAUAGUAAGAGAGAGAGAGAGAGAGAGUGAAGAUUGAGUGUGUCACUCUAAUCAUCCUCUCACACAUUAUAUGUUAUCGACAAGAUGCCGUUUAAAAGUCUAUUUCGUAUAAGUAAAAAGAAAGACAAGAACAGCGAUGUUGUUCUUUCUGGUCCAGUUCGCAAUUUGUCCGAAUCGUCGACCACUUCGCCAAUGGACAAUAAUUUCAACGAAUCCACCGACUUAGCACCUUUACAUGGAGCCACGGGAACUACUCAAUAUGUCCGGUUAUACUUGGAACAAGCGAGAGCGGAUUUUGACCGAAAAUGGAAUAAUCCAUCAAGAAACACUGCCAGCUUAGAUGAUUUCGAAAGAAUCAAGACCUUAGGAACAGGCUCUUUCGGCCGUGUGAUGCUUGUUCAGCAGAAGGUAAACAAAGAAUUCUAUGCCAUGAAAAUUUUAGACAAGCAAAAAGUAGUCAAAUUGAAGCAAGUCGAACACACCCUCAAUGAGAAAAGAAUUUUACAAGCUGUUGAUUUCCCGUUUCUGGUGAAGUUGGAAGCUCAUUUUAAAGAUAAUUCUUAUUUAUAUAUGGUCCUGGAAUAUGUUCCUGGUGGUGAGAUGUUUUCACAUCUUCGUAAAAGUGGGAGAUUUAGUGAACAAGCGGCUCGUUUCUAUGCGGCACAAAUUGUUUUAGCUUUUGAAUAUUUGCAUUCAUUAGAUCUAAUUUACAGAGAUUUGAAGCCAGAAAAUUUGCUUAUAGACCAAAUGGGCUACAUAAAGGUGACUGAUUUUGGUUUUGCAAAAAGAGUCAAGGGUCGCACAUGGACUCUAUGUGGAACUCCUGAAUACCUGGCACCCGAAAUAAUUUUGAGCAAAGGUUAUAAUAAAGCAGUCGAUUGGUGGGCUCUUGGUGUUCUUAUAUAUGAAAUGGCUGCUGGUUAUCCACCAUUUUUUGCCGACCAACCUAUUCAAAUAUAUGAGAAAAUAGUCUCCGGGAAGGUACGCUUUCCAUCACAUUUCAGCUCUGAACUGAAGGAGCUUCUUCGUAAUUUACUUCAAGUAGAUUUGACCAAAAGAUAUGGUAACUUGAAGAAUGGUGUUAACGACAUUAAAAAUCACCGGUGGUUUGCAUCUACAGACUGGAUUGCCGUUUAUCAGAAAAAGGUUGAAGCACCAUUUUUGCCCAAGUGCAAAGGAGCUGGAGAUACAAGUAAUUUCGAUGACUAUGAAGAGGAAACCCUUCGCAUAUCCAGUACAGAAAAAUGUGCAAAAGAAUUCGCAGAAUUUUGAGAAGACCAACAACAUCAUCAAAUCAAAUUUCACCACCACCACCACCAAACACCAAACACCAAACCACCAUAACACCAUUGAAUCAAUCAAAAAGAAAUCAUCAAUAUUAUUGAUUUGUAAAAAGGCAACACUGAAAAUGAGAAAAUCAACUGACAACCAGCAUUCAUAUUCAUGUGGAUGAUGAAUAUAAGUUAUUACGUGGUUAGAUAUGUUAAACAAACUAAAAGCUAAUUGGACAAUUAAUUGAAAUUGUUGUAUGUUUUAAAUUAACAUGGUGACCCGAAAAAUUGUGCGUUAAACAGUGUAGUGUACAAAACAAAAGGACACGAAGACAAAAAAAAAAUAAUUACAAAAAGAAACGGAAACGGAACUGAACCAUUUUCAAAGAAAAGUUAACGAAGAGGUUUUAUCAUUUUCUAUGGUACAUGGAGGAGACGCUCCGAUUUUCGGCCAAGAUGUUACGAUAAUUUCUAUUAUUGUACACGUUACGUUUAGUUCCAAAUGUACAUUGGUAGAACCUGUGAAAUUAAUAAUAAUUGAUGGAUUAACGUUCUGUCUGGAUGAGAUGUUAUAUAAAAAGAAAAGAGAGCAUCAUUGUGAACCUGUAAGUCUCUCUUAAGAUGGUUUUAUCAAGAGAGAGAGAAAGAGAGAUUAAAACAUCUGAAGGAUGUCUUGUGGAUUAUUAUGGAUAAAAUUUUAAAGAUAAAAUCAAAUAAAUGUAAAUUAUAUGGAUCACAGACCAUCUCUUACAAAA